GCUGGAGCUGGAUGUCACAGCCAGAGUCCUCAGGACAGGACAGUCAAACCCUGGAGAUCUACUGAGACAGAGGAAGAAGGAAAGUGGGCGAUGUUGCAGUUAGGAUCUUGUUUAAGGACAUUGUUGGAAGGCUGCUGAUACAGUCCAUCCAAGCUGAGAGUCGAGGUUUAGCCUCAACGCCGCAGUAUUUUUAGAUCACUUCUUAAAAGGAAUACAAAAAUGUCGUCUCCAAGUCCGGGCAAGAGGCGAAUGGAUACCGACGUGGUGAAACUCAUUGAGAGCAAGCACGAGGUCACCAUACUGGGUGGACUCAACGAGUUUGUGGUCAAGUUCCAUGGACCCCCUGCAACACCAUAUGAAGGAGGUGUGUGGAAGGUUCGGGUGGACCUGCCAGAUAAAUACCCCUUCAAAUCACCAUCAAUAGGAUUCAUGAAUAAAAUCUUCCACCCCAACAUUGAUGAAGCGUCAGGCACCGUGUGUUUAGAUGUCAUUAACCAGACAUGGACAGCGCUCUAUGACCUCACCAACAUCUUUGAGUCGUUCCUCCCUCAGCUGCUCGCCUACCCCAACCCCAUUGAUCCUCUGAACGGCGACGCAGCCGCUAUGUACCUGCACCGGCCAGAGGAUUAUAAACACAAGAUCAAAGAGUACAUCCAGAAAUACGCCACAGAGGAGGCUCUAAAGGAGCAGGAGGAUAGAGAGGGCGACUCAUCUUCCGAGAGCUCCAUGUCAGACUUUUCGGAGGACGAGGCUCAGGACAUGGAGUUGUAGUGAAAGGGCAGAUCUUGUCCACUUCACCUCACAACAGACUUAUCAUUUCCUAAAGAGCAGAAACUCAGUACUAUAUUCAUAUUUAAGACGAUUUUUUACAGCGACACAAUUUUUAUUGCUACACAAGGAUUUGCAGUAUGAUACUGCAGAAUAUUAACCCUUCUUAGGAAUUCUUGACCACCUGCCUCUCCCGCCUCCUCCUCCUCACCUGAAAGGAGCCUGUUUACGAUCAGAGAGGAAUGCGUCAUUCAGUUCCACGAUCUUCAGCCGAGGCUUGACCCAGUUUCAACACGGGGGGCAGGUGACGGCCGUCGAAAUACAAAAAAAACAGACUGUUUACACUCAGUUUCCUAUUUGGAACCCUAACUCACACCUCACCAGCUUUUGUGUUCUAACAUUCUUAAGUUUUCUUUAUUUAGUUUUUAUUCAAUGUUUUACUGAACCUUCAGGCAUCUAUUCCUUGUGGACAGAGUUUUCUGCAACAUGACAAUCUACUGGUUCUGAGCGGUCACUACUUCAGAAGAGCAUGGACAUCCACAUUUAACAAAAAAAGAGAGAAGGAAAGAAAGAAAAAAGUCACCUUUCUUUUGUGCUGCCCUCAUGGAGCUGCCAUUACAAUCACCACUUGUGAGAGGCUGAGGAUGGAGAGGGUCUCUCUGAUGAGACUGCCCUCUCUGCAGACCUGACGACACGUCAUUUAUAUCAUCAUGCAACCAUGACAACGCCACUGUUUGUGCGCGCGUGUGUAUACACAUGCGCGAACGUGCUCCAGGGAGAAUUGUGGCAUUUUUGUUUUUAAUGAUCCGCUGACCGCUGAUGAGCAGAAGUGGAGGAGAAGGUCGACCGAGGUCCUGAUCCGUCUCAUUUCCUACAUCCAUUUCCUCCUCUCCGUUUUAGGAAAGUGUUUUGUCAUUCUCUGACUAUCUUUGUAUAUUGUGGCAUGACACAGAAGUAAAGUGUGUAUGUAGGGCUUUGUGGAGCAGUAACGCUGUAAGGACACGCAGAGGACGCCUCCGGGUUUAUCCAUUGUCCUUGGUGAAUUGUCAAACUUCUUAACUUUGCCUAUUGCUUGUGUUGAACUAUUCUAGGUGUUUGACUUGCGUAGAGAUAGUUAGUUUCUUUGCGGGUGGUGACUUCUAUCAUAAUGUAUGGUUUAAUACUUAUAUAACACACUAGUUUUAAACGCUAAUUGUCCUGUUGAAGAUGAGGAGAGCUAAAUGCAUCUUUGUCUGUGGGAUGACAACUCUGCCUAGAAUCAAAUCCUCCAAAGAUGCGUUGCAACCCCCCCCCACACCCCACCCCACCCCUUUCUUAUGCAAGCGUGUCCAUCAGAGUUCAUUCAUAUUGUCCAACAAGGGUGCUGUUUGUGUUUCAGCCGCUCAACGUUGUCACUCGUCCUUUUCUCAUGCUGUCGACGGCCUGUUGUUUUCCAAAACGGCGGGAGAACGUCCUCAGACUGGAUUUAUUCAGGUUUUUAAAGUGAGAAGAUCAUUUUAAUUUAAAUUUAAAGACACAUUUGUUGUUCCUCAGAAAGAUGUCCCUGUUAGUGAUGGUGCAGAGUUGUUACCAGAGAAGUCACAGUCGAUGAUGCGGAAAUCUGUUAGUAGUGCAGGUGUGACACCCUGGUCUAUGUUUGCAACAAGCACACUACAUCAUUUGGUUUGUUAUUUUGUGUUGUAUAAGAAAACAAAAAUCUUCAUCACCAUUGAAAUGGGCUGUUUCUUCCCGUUUGGAGAAAUAAUAUUUAUAUAGUACGGACUUUAAUUAAUAAUAAUCCCUUUAUAAUUUUUGUAGAAGGAUAUCAGGUUCUGUUCAUUUUUGAAUAACACAAGUUAAUAAAACUAGCACAACACAGUUUGUUUUUUAACAUGGAAUAUAAAAGGUAUUUGUUAAAUACUGUAUUAAAAAUGGCUCUAAUUUGCCUCCGUAUCCAAAACACAAUGUUGUAGUAGGUCUUAGGACAACAUGAGACACCGUCAGGUGUCAUCUGCAGCAGAACAAACUACUGUCCAGCCUGGUUCUCUAUCAUCACCAUCUUCUGGGUUCAUCUGUGUGAUAUGUGUAUUAUUUUGUAUUAAUGAGACAUAUAUUUGAUGCUUAUAAUUUCUUUCAAUGUUGUUUUUAGUUUUGUCUUUUAAGCCCUGACUCAAGUCUAAGACACACAGGUCAGGAUGUCCCUGAUUUCUUUUCUUUUCUUUUUUUUUUAAGACAAAAAUGAGUAAAUGUGCUUCCCUUGUAACAUAAAUACAGAAAUAAACAAAAAAUAAAUAAGUAAGCA